AUGAAUCCUUUCUCUUCCGGCACGCGUCUCAGGGACAUGAUUCGGGCAAUCCGUGCUUGCAAAACUGCUGCAGAGGAGCGCGCUGUUGUUAGAAAAGAGUGUGCUGCUAUACGUGCUGCCAUUAAUGAAAAUGAUCAAGAUUAUAGACAUCGUAACCUGGCAAAGCUCAUGUUUAUUCACAUGCUUGGCUAUCCAACGCAUUUUGGGCAAAUGGAGUGCCUGAAGUUGAUUGCAUCACCUGGAUUUCCUGAGAAGAGAAUAGGAUAUCUUGGGCUGAUGCUGCUUCUUGAUGAACGACAGGAGGUCCUAAUGUUGGUCACGAACUCUGUAAAGCAAGAUCUUAAUCAUACAAACCAGUAUAUUGUGGGACUUGCUCUUUGUGCUUUGGGGAACAUUUGUUCAGCAGAAAUGGCACGGGAUCUAGCACCAGAAGUAGAGAGACUGCUGCAAUUCCGAGACCCAAAUAUUCGGAAAAAAGCAGCCUUAUGCUCCAUAAGGAUUAUAAAGAAGGUCCCAGAUUUGGCAGAAAAUUUCAUCAAUCCUGUUGCAGCUUUACUUAAAGAAAAGCACCAUGGUGUCCUGAUCACAGGAAUUCAACUUUGUACAGAUCUAUGUAAAGUCAGUUCCGAGGCCCUGGAAUAUUUUAGAAAGAAAUGCACGGAUGGUUUGGUAAGGACUUUACGAGAUCUUGUAAACAGCCCAUACGCACCAGAGUAUGACAUUGCUGGAAUCACAGACCCCUUUCUUCAUAUUAGACUGCUCAAGCUCUUGCGUGUGCUAGGCCAAGGAGAUGCUGAUGCUAGUGAUGCUAUGAACGACAUACUCGCUCAGGUGGCAACAAAGACCGAAUCAAACAAAAAUGCAGGAAAUGCUAUUUUGUAUGAAUGUGUUGAAACCAUCAUGAGCAUAGAAGAUAAUGGUGGCUUGCGAGUGCUUGCUAUAAAUAUACUAGGAAGAUUUUUGUCAAAUCGUGACAACAAUAUCAGAUAUGUUGCUUUAAACAUGCUGAUGAGGGCUAUUACUGUAGAUGCUCAAGCAGUGCAGAGGCAUCGUGCAACAAUUUUGGAGUGUGUAAAGGAUUCAGAUGCAUCAAUAAGGAAAAGAGCCCUUGAACUGGUUUACCUCCUGGUCAAUGAGAGCAAUGUCAAACCCUUAACUAAAGAAUUAGUUGACUACUUGGAAGUUAGUGAUCAAGAUUUUAAAGGAGAUCUGACUGCCAAAAUUUGCUCCAUCAUUGAAAAGUUUUCGCCCGAGAAAAUUUGGUAUAUUGAUCAGAUGCUCAAGGUUCUCACAGAGGCUGGGAACUUUGUAAAAGAUGAAGUAUGGCAUGCUCUAGUUGUUGUGAUCAGCAAUGCUUCGGACCUCCAUGGAUAUACAGUAAGAGCAUUGUUUAGAGCAUUGCAGACUACCGCAGAACAGGAGAGCCUAGUCCGAGUGGCAGUUUGGUGCAUAGGGGAAUACGGGGACUUGUUGGUGAAUAAUGCUGGAAUGCUUAAUGUGGAAGACCCUAUAACAGUAACGGAGUCUGAUGCUGUUGAUGUUGUGGAGAGCGCAAUAAAGCGCCAUACCUCUGAUCUGACCACUAAGUCAAUGGCAUUGAUUGCGCUAUUGAAGCUAUCCUCACGUUUUCCAUCUUGUUCAGGGAGGAUCAAGGACAUAGUUGUGCAACACAAAGGAAGUCUUGUGCUUGAAUUGCAGCAGAGGUCGCUGGAAUUCAACUCCAUAAUUGAGAAGCACCAGAAUAUUAGGUCUGCCCUGGUUGAACGGAUGCCAGUAUUGGAUGAAGCUAGUUUUGGUGGAAGAAGAGCUAGUUCUUUGCCGAAUACUGUUUCAACUUCCAAUGGCACUGCAGUGAAACUUCCAAAUGGAGUUGCAAAGCCCUCUGCAGCUCCUCUUGUAGAUUUGCUUGAUCUUUCUGAUGAUGUACCUGCUCCUAGCUCAUCUGGUGGUGAUUUUCUCCAGGAUCUACUUGGUGUUGAUUUAGCACCUGCCACCCAAUCAGGUACAAGUCAAGCACCGAAGGCUGGAACAGACGUUCUAUUAGAUCUGCUGUCUAUUGGAUCGAAUCCUGCACAGGACAAUAGCGUAUCUACACCUGAUAUCUUAUCUUCUGCACAAGAUCACAAACCCGCAAUCGCCUCAUUGGAUGUGCUCGCAGCACCUUCCCUUACCCAAGCCUCUUCUUCUACAGCUUCCAAUAUGAUGGAUUUGUUGGAUGGUUUCGCUCCAGCUCCACCAAAGCCUGCAAACAACGGUACUGCUUAUCCAUCCAUAGUUGCAUUCGAAAGCAGCUCAUUGCGGUUAACCUUCAACUUCUCAAAGCAACCUGGAAACCCUCAGACGACAAUGAUUUCUGGCACUUUCACAAACUUGUCAUCUAAUGUGUUCACAGACUUUGUUUUCCAGGCUGCAGUUCCAAAGUUUCUGCAACUUCACUUGGAUCCAGCUAGUGGUAACAGCCUACCUGCUAGCGGUAACGGGACCAUCACACAGAGUUUGAAAGUCACAAACAGCCAACAUGGGAAGAAACCACUGGUGAUGCGCUUAAGGAUAGCGUACAAGGUCGACGGCAAAGAUGUGUUGGAGGAAGGACAGAUCAACAACUUCCCUCGCGAUUUGUGA